GCAGAGUCGGGUGCUUUAUUUAGCACCGAAGAAGAGGCGGAGCGGACCGAUGCGGUCGGACAAUGAUGGAGGUUCCUGUUGAGGCGCCACAGUCCACGCCUGGAGAGAUGCAGGCGCUUGAGAGCAGGAGGACAGCGAAGGAAGACGCCGGGAAGGACGACGCUGCCCGGCCCUGCCCGGCCCGACCUCGCUCGCUCGGCUUUUUGUUCUUGCUGGGCUACUUUCUCGUCUCGUGGCCGUAGAAGUGCCGGUGAACUGCAACCCAAGGACGACGAGAGCGACGAGAGCGACGGGAGCGCCGAGAUGGAGAUCGAGAGCAGUGACGGAUGUACUGACGGCCGAAUCCGUGAUACGGGAGUGACGACCGAGGCUCUCUCGGCUCUACAGUAUACGAGCCUGCUUGCCUGCCUGCCUCUCGGUGCAGGGUAUUGUACGAACCGAGGCGCAAAAGAGGUCUUCUACAGCACAGGUUUUUCGGCAGAGACGAAUCCAGAGGAUCUUCCGCCCUUUAAGGGGUCGCGCCUGGGAGCUGGAUCAGCUUAACCGAUCGAUCCACUGCCGUCGGGGGCGAAUUGCAGUGUGGAUAUCGACCGCGAAAUUCCUGGGGGAGGGUGGUUUCACGAAGGCUUUGGCCUAUUCGGCCGUAAUGGAUCCACCAGCCGAUCCAAAUUGAGCUUAGGACAAACGCACUGAAGGGUCGAAUCACAGUGCCUCCCAACAGUAAAUGGUUAGACAUAAGUACGAACAAAUUGCCAUACCUGGGAGGCCUGCUCUGGCUCUGCUGCUGAGGGCAAUACCGGUAGCGUAGGCCCUGAAACCUGGCGUCUGUCGCGGACGAGCGAGGACGGGCGUUCGCUUCGCCCAUAGCCAAAUCCUCCCCCGUUUCCCGGCUGCGCCCGGCGCGUUCUUCGGCUCGUUCCGUUACUCUACGUUCCGGGCAGCGGCGGUACAGGGGCUGGCCAUUUUAUCCACACUGUGGUGCAGAGCGAGAUCGCGAACGCAGAACGAGGACUCCAUAGCCGCAUCGGUCCGUAUUACGUCAGAGAUGAAAAGCAGGAUUCUCACUCGCGACAGUACAGGCGGAGCUGACUGCUCAUAGCAGGUCGUGCAUGCGGCCGCGACCGGGUGCCGGCGGUCGCCUCGGCCGCAUUGAUUCCGGUCCGAAAUGCGGGGGUGACGAGCCGAAAAGCCUCCGCUGCCAGUGAUGCAAUAUUGGGGCCGGGAUGUUAUGUUGAGUGCGAGUUCUGGGUCCGGGCAUCGCUCUUUAGGCGCAGGCAUCUUGCUUUGUCGAUAGGGUGGCGGUGCAGAGCAGCUGGCCUUUCAGUGUAGAUAAAAGGAAGGAAGGAGCGAAGGACGAUGGAGAUUCAAUUUUCGGAAAGACGCCUUCAUGCACUGCGGGGGAGUUAAUUGCUCGGAGGGCAACGCAGUUUCCCACGAAAGUUCGGCCUGGCACAUUCCUGGUUCCAGAAGAAAAUUGACCACAUAUCAAAUUAGAAGGCUGGGUAUAUCGGGCGAUGGCCACCUCAUAUUUUGCCCCAAGUCGUACCGUCAGCUCAGCCUUGAUAAAAGCUCCGCAGAACCAUCUGCUACGGGAGCGUCAGAUGGGGAUUUGCGGUGUGAAGGCUGAGAUAAAUAAAAUCCAAUGAACUUGGGGGUUCGUCCUGUUGGAUGGUCGAGCCGAAAUAUGUGGUCGCUCCUCUUCUUUUCCAGUGUCAUCUUCGGGUUUCAUUAAAGUAGAUUUUUGUUUGACAUUGUCCUCAUCCAUGGAGGUUGAUGCAUUGACUUGCCAAACAUAACUGACAUCACGUGAAGUGACAUGUAUCUCCCUAACAUCAGAAAAGCGUUCUAAACUUGAAAGAAGUAUGGGUUAAUUUAGACGGGUUAGC